GGGACUGGAACGAAACCAGCGACCAGGAUGGGCCACUGGUCACAGCAAGGAUGGAGGAUGCAGCUGCACUGGCCAUGGACCAGCCAGCUGGCCUGCAGGUGGACUACGUCUUCCGGGGUGUGGAGCAUGCCGUACGGGUGGUGGUGUCUGGACAGGUGCUAGAGCUGGAGGUGGAGGACCGGAUGACAGCCGACCAGUGGCGGGGCGAGUUUGAUGCCAGCUUCAUCGAAGAUUUGACUCACAAGACAGGGAACUUCAAACAGUUCAACAUCUUCUGUAACAUGCUGGAGUCAGCCCUCACUCAGAGCAGUGAGUCGGUCACCCUAGACCUGCUCACCUACACGGACCUGGAGUCCCUGCGGAACCGCAAGCUGGGGGGCCGCCCAGGCCCCUUGGCCUCGAGAUCGGCCCAGCUCAACUCCAAGCGUUACCUGAUCCUCAUCUACUCCGUGGAGUUUGACAGGAUUCACUACCCGCUGCCCCUCCCGUACCAGGGCAAGCCGGACCCUGUGGUCCUGCAGCGCAUCAUCCGCUCGCUGAAGGAGGAGCUGGGCCGCCUCCGAGGGCUGGAUGGCCAGGAUGCUCGGGACACCCGGGAGACGGAGAUCUGGCACCUGCGGGAGCAGGUGUCGCGCUUGGCAUCGGAGAAGCGCGAGCUGGAGGCCCAGCUGGGCCGAUCUCGUGAGGAGGCGCUGGCCGGGCGGGCGGCGCGCCAGGAGGCCGAGACGCUGCGCGGGCUCGUGCGCGGCCUGGAGCUGGAGCUGCGGCAGGAGCGCGGCCUCGGGCACCGCGGGGCCGGCCGCCGCAGCCAGGAUUGCCGCCGCCUGGCCAAGGAGCUGGAGGAGGCGAAGGCGUCGGAGCGGAGCCUGCGCGCCCGGCUGAAGACGCUGAACGGCGAGCUGGCGGUGUACAAGAGGGGGAGACGGACUCCGCCGGUGGUGCCGCCCGCGGCGCGGGAGGAUCGGGCCUCGUCGUCCCGGGAGCGCUCCACGUCGCGUGGCCGCGGCGCCGCCCGCUCCUCCUCCCGGGACAGCGGCCGCGGAGGCCGGGGUCGAGGCCGCGCUGCCCGCCCCUCGCCCUCGCCCACAGGUGGUCGCGUGCCCCGUUUCGACCCCACAGCCUUUGUGAAAGCGAAGGAGAAGAAGCAGAGAGAGAUCAAGAUGAAUGGACAGUUUCCGCAGCCGCUGCUCGUCUGCCAGCUCCUGCAGCGAGUUGGAAGAUUUCUCGGAAUCCCUCCCGAGAGGCGCUGGUCGCCGCGGGAAGCCUCCCAGCCCCCCCACGUGGAGCGGGUCCAACAGGCAGCAGAAGUCCACCCCUGUGGAACGCGGCCGCCAUCAGAGACGCCUGGCCAGUUCGGGGGGCUGGGUCCCCAUCAAAGAGUACAGCUCCGACCACCAGGCGGCCGACAUGGCGGAAAUAGACGCCCGCCUCAAGGCCCUGCAGGAGUACAUGAACCGCCUGGACACGCGGUCGUGACCCCGGAGAGGGAGACCGCCCCUCCGUCCCCCGUCCCCCGGGAUUCUGCGUGGAGGUCGGGGCCAGUGCGCCCUUCCAGCCCCGCCCCGGCCCCGCCCCUCCUGGUCUCAGGUGUGUGAGGCCCUGGCCCCACCCUCUCUCCCAUGCAUUGCAUGCUGGGUGGGAGGCUGAGUGCGAUUUGUAAAUAAACAUGUUGGCCCUUGGGAUCCCUCAGCUUAUGACUGAAGGGUGGGGGCAGAGUGGGAGAUGCGAGGAAUAAGUCGGGGUGUAAUUGGGUCUUGUGUGUGUUUCUUGGCAUCUCUGGCUGGGAGUCAGACUGGGGUUCAGGCUCAGGGAAAACUCCCGCCCUUUCUAAAACAAUGAGAGUAGUGGUCGGGAGGGGUGAUAGUGAGCAGCCCAUCCCCAGAGAAGUCCAAGCAGAGAUGCUGCACAGAAGUCUUAGGCUGCGUUGUAGAGAGGAGGUGUUUGGCAGCAUGAUUCACUGCCUGGGAGGACCCCCGAGCUGCUGUGGGUGACAUCUGGAUUGACUUGGUGCUGAUUCCUGGGCGCUGACCUGAGACUUCUGGGUUUUGAGCUGUGAUGUUGCUUCUGAGCUGAGUUCUCAAGGGUCUUGGUUCAGGGUCGGGGCCU